AUGGCAUCAAAUAUGAACAGGCGAGUGAUUACAGAUGUCCAGAGUUUUAGGUUAUUGACUAAGACAAAACCUAAUAUGGUGCAGAUUGUGCAAUAUUUUCAUGGAAUAGGAGUCAAGAAAUGGUACCCUGAGAAACUCAUCGAUGGUGUUUCAGGACUUGGAUGCGAAGAACUCAUAAAAGAGGUCUAUCAUUACUGCUGCACAAACAUCAGAAGUCCAGCUGACGAGCUGUGGUUUUUCGGUUUCAGCCGAGGUGCUU